CUCUUACGCUGAUAUCGAUCAGAAAGAUGACCAAUGGUUUUAGGGACAAGUUGGGGGAAGGAGGCUAUGGCUCUGUAUACAAAGGAAAGGUUCAAAGUGGCCCUCUAGUAGUAGUUAAAAUGUUAAGCAAGCCUAAAGCUAAUGGGCAAGAAUUCAUUAAAGAAGUCGGUACCAUCGGAAGGAUUCAUCAUGUCAAUGUUGUUCAGCUAAUUAGAUAUUGUGCCGAGAGAUCUAAGCGUGCUCUUGUGUAUGACUUCAUGCCUAAUGGGUCCCUUGAGAAGUACAUCUUUUCUCAAGAAGGAAAAUUGUUUUUACGUUGUAAGCAAAUGUUUAACAUUUCUCUUGGAGUGGCUCGUGACCUUGGAUAUUUGCAUAAGGGUUGUGAUAUGCAGAUCCUGCAUUUUGAUAUAAAGCUUCAUAACAUUCUUCUUGAUGACACUUUCACUCCAAAAGUUUCUGAUUUUGGGCUUGCAAAAUUGUAUCCAAUAGAUGAUAGCAUUGUGACAGUGACUGCAGCAAGAGGCACCUUAGGCUACAUGGCUCCGGAGUUGUUCUACAAAAGCAUCAAGGGUAUUUCCUAUAAAUCUGACGUUUAUAGUUUCAGAAUGUUGUUGAUGGAAAUGGCAGGAAAGAGAAGAAAUUGGAACACAUCAGCUGAUUCAAGCCAAAAUUUCUUCCCUUCAUGGGUUUAUGAUCAAUUCGCUGAAGGAAGGAACCUAGAAAUGCGAGAGACCACAGAGGAGAGUGACAUAGUAAAGAAGAUGAUGUUAGUAUCUUUGUGGUGUAUACAAAUGAACCCUAGUGAUCGUCCCUCCAUGAACAAAGUCAUUGAGAUGCUUGAAGGAAAUAUUGAAUUGCUUCACAUGCCUCCAAGGCCUUUUUUGUAUCCACAAGCUAUGCCGGUUGACAAUAAUGGAAUGAACAUAUGUUUGUCCAAUUUGUCAAGUGCUUGUUUGGAUUCUAUCACUCAUAUCACAAGUGGACGCUAAAUUCUCAAGACCAAACAUCCUAGAUUUAAGGCUGCUGAUUCCAUCCGAUUUGGAUUUGAUGGUUUUGGAAGACAAGACUAUCAGUUUCAUGUAAGGUGUUUCGCAGGCGUAAGCUUAGCAAAACUUGUACUUUGGUUUUGAAUCAAACAAUGCGAAUAUUGACAUUUUCUAUGUUAAGCUCUUCAAGAUUUGUAUCGUUGUUUUAUUGUAUUGGGCUCAAAAUUUGUCUCUUAUUAGACUAAUUAGUUUGAUGUUAAUUUGCA